GGUUCCUGACUCAAACUUGUUCUCCUCUCCCACUCCCUGCCCACUCAGUGCACUGUCUGGCCUUCCAUCUCUGUCCUACAUUCUUCUUCUGCUUGCACAAUAGUCCAGCCCCCCAGCUCAGUCCCGCAACCUCCAUCCCGCACCCCCGAACCCGUUCAGUGGUCUGACUCCCUCCCUCAAUCUCACGCCCCACAGUAGUCGGCCCCCAGCUUAGUCCCAUGUACCUCCUUUCCCCUGUACAGCUGUCCAGGCCUCCAACCCAGCCCCAUUGCCACCCCCCAACUCGCGCACAGUGGUGCGGCCCCGGCUCAGGGCACCCCCGCCCCCAGUGGUCUGGCCCCCAUUCCCAGGGCUGGUGGGGGCUGAGGGCCCUGCAGUCUCCUGACCAGAGGAUGAUGCCGGCAGGUCGGGGUCGGGAGAAGGACCUGGCGCGCUUCGUCUACGUGACCAGCUUCGGCUCGCAUCAGUGCGGUGGUGUCCUGGAGCUGGGUGGCCGCCAGGCUUCAGGCCAUCGUUGUCCUAGGCUUGGGGCCCGCCACCGCCAGGAGGAGCCGCGGGAAGAGGUGAUGAAGCCGGGGGUCCUGGGUAGUGGUGAGCUGCACACCGGCUCCCGGCCCAAGGGCCCCGUGGCUGCAGCCUCCACCCAGUCCCUGCUGCGGUCGUCGAGCACUCGGAGCGGGACGAGGCCGGCGGCGCGUGCAGAUUUAACCCAGAAGGAUGCAGCUAAAGCAUUUGACUUUCCCAUACAAUUGCCUAAAGCUUGCAAAAUAAUGAGAAAAAGAAAAAAGGCUUCAGUAUGGAAUAGCGUAUACAAAGUGAUUUCUAGAAUGCUUGAAGAAAAUGAAAAAUACAGACUUAGGCUAAAUGCCAAAGAUCAUCUAAUGAAAGCUCAAAAUAUACAAGAUGAAUCUUCCUAUCAUGUUCUGGAUUAACCUAUUUUUGGGUCUAUUUUCCAGUGAAGAUUAUGAAGAGUUUAAAGAUGGAAUGUUAAAUGGAAUCCUAUUUAUUUAUUAUUUUGGUGUAUUUUGUUGGAAUUGGGACUUUAUAAAUUGAAUGGAAAAACCACCCUCUUUAUAAAUUAAUGAUAUUUCUUUGCAAGUCAAUGAAUAAUUUUAGUUAAAUGUUAUAUUCAUGGAAGUGUUAUUUUCAGAAUUAAUCCUCAUUUU